CAGCAGCAGCAGCAGCAGCAGCAGCAGCAGCGAGCGACCGCCCGCCCGCCCUUCCCUGGCCAUGGGGCUUGGCGGCCCGCCGGCCCCCCGCGCCCCGCCGCUGCAAACGGCUCUCCAUGGCUUAAAUGGACAUCAAAGCACGUCUCUCCGCUGGAGUGUACAUCCCUGCAUGAUCUGAUCCUUUGUGAACUAAUUUCCAAGAAAAAAAAAUAACCACCCUCUUCUUUCUACAGUUUGCUUGCUUUAAUUUAUGGCUUGCUCCUACACAGAAAAUCUAAAUUUUAAUGCUGAUAUUCCUCUCCUCUAAAUCUUCUGGUACAUGGAAGGACAAGGGUCUGUCUUCUUUGAACCCUCAUCGAGAGGGGGUAGCAGCAGGUCACAGAGAGGUGGAAGAGACUUGGAAUCACUGUGAGAAGGUGAAAGGAAAUACCCAGCUUUGCCUUUUUUAAGCCCAUUUGGAGGAAACAAAGCUUCUUCCCUUACGGAUGGAGGUAGUGGAGUCGGUCUGUUCAGCCUAAGCCCGAGGUGGUAACUGGCAGGCGCCUGCAGCACCCUUUCCUUUUUGCCUUACGUUGGACCCUACAUCAUACUUGGUCAGCAGCGACGGCAGAACCCAAGCGGGAAAGAUGGUCGUAAGGAGGAGGAACGUGAAAGUGUUUACCUUUGCCUUUUUGCUCAUCACAGUGACUUCAUUUCUGCUGAACUACACGCACCCGGUGACCACGACCACCUGGGAUCUGAGACAUCUCAUCAUGCAGUUUUCAGAGCAAGUCCAACAACUCUUCAAGUACCCCAGGAGACCGUGCAGCUGUCGCACAUGCAUUUCUGAGCUGGGACAUUCCCUCUGGUUCGAUCAGAGAUUUAACUCAACUAUGCAACCUUUCCUGACCUCACAAAAUGCCUUGAUCCCAGAAGACAGCUACAGGUGGUGGCUGAAAUUGCAAGGAGAGAAAUCUCCGAAGAAUAUUAAUGCUACUCUCAAGGAAUUGUUUGGGAUCAUUCCCGGGGAUGGGGAUUCGCUGCAGGAGCGAGGCACUUCUUACACAUGCAGACGAUGCGCCGUUGUGGGCAACUCUGGGAACCUUCGGCAGUCUCAGUAUGGCCAAGAUAUUGACUCCCAUGACUUUGUGCUCAGCACAUAUGUUCCAGUGCCACGGAAAAUCAAAGUCAAAAAAGAGAAGAUCCUGGUUUAUAAUCCAGCUUUUAUGAAAUAUGUCUAUGAAAACUGGCUCCAGAAUCAUGGGAGAUACCCCUCCACAGGCUUUCUGUCUUUGGUGUUUGCACUCCACAUAUGUGAUGAGGUGAAUGUGUACGGUUUUGGAGCAGAUAGCAAAGGACACUGGCAUCAUUACUGGGAAAACAACGCUUCAGCUGGGGCUUUCCGGAAGACAGGUGUCCACGACGGGGAUUUUGAGUUCAAUGUAACUUUGGCUCUUGCCUCCAUUGAAAAAAUACAUUUUUUCAAGGGCAGAUGACCCUGGCCACGGGGAGAAGUGGGGGCUGCGAUUUCCAACAUGCAGCAGAACAAAGCUCAGUGAAGAUGAUCAGGGCACCAGCCAGUUUAAUGCGUGAAUCUGCGGUGGAUUUGGAGCGUCUCACUGCUACAAUGCUCACCGCAGGGAGCUCGGCCGAAGACCAGCUUCCACGCUGCACGUGAUUUCCUAUCUGCAGAUAGCUGGGAACUACCAAUCAGUUGUGGGAAUAAAUGAAUCUCUGCUUAGGCUCUACAGCUUGAUUCUUGAAUUACUGAUGAAAGAUCUGCUUAUUGCAAUUAGGGGAAACCUAGGUACAGGAGCUGCUGUUUGUGAGUCCGUUCUUUCCUCGAGUAAGGCACAAGAUCCUUGAAGAAGAGUGAAAACGACUUCUGGGACUUGAGACCUGCUAGGGCAGCUGUGAACAUCAUAGUAAGGAUUACCUCAAAGAAAUUAAUUCACUUCUGCUGUUGAUCUUCUUUUUGAACUGUCCCUUCUGUUUCCUCUAUUACUUCUGGUUUCAUACUGAAGCAAAAACGUGAUGAAGUUGCCUGGAAUAGUAAAUAUUUCAGCCAUUGCCUCAUUCUGCAUUGAUAGUGUCUAGAAAAUAUGGAUCAAAUCAUCUCUGAUCAUGUAUUAUUUAAUAUUGCUUCCUACACAGCCAUAAUGAGAGAGAAAACAAUACUGAAAACUCCAGCAAAAAAAUGGCCUUUUUAGCCACUUGUUUGUUUGUCUUGUUUCAUUAUAUAUGAUUUUUAUUUCUUUUUUUUUUUGGAGGAAAGUACUCUGGAAUGCUCAUUUUUAUUUAAUCAGUUUAAGGUUGGAAAGUGGACUUUUUUCUUUCAGUCAUUUAUAUGUGCCUUUUAUAAUUGUGCAACCGAUGUGAUUUUUUUUAAGAUGACAAACCCUAAAUUAAACUUUUUUAUAAAAGGGGGAAAAUUAACCAAAGUUUAGCCUCCAUGUGGUAUACUUUUGUAGUCAAAAACAAUAAUAACAGCUCCUAUAUUGUAUUUGAGCAAACACAAACAAGACUAAUUUUUAAAGGUAGCUUUUACCUUUUUUUAUGGGAAAAUAUCCAAAAGCUCCAAGGAAACUUUUCUUCUUAUUUUUUUAAAAAUUUAGAAAGUGGUAUCUCUUUACAAAGUAUCUAUUUGAAAUGGAAGAAAUAUCAUGGGUUGGGAUAUCAGCUAGUAAUACAAUAGGAAUCUUUUGCCCUGUGGCAGCGUCUACAAGGACACAAUCGACGCAAGCUGAUCCUACAGUGUAAGCCAGACUUCAAAAUUAUGUGCAUCUCUGGAGGAAUGAGUGUAUUAAUGUCAGUACCUCUAGGCAGUGAGAGGAGGGAAGUGAGAAGUGGAGAUUUUAUAUCCACAGAUUUUUGCUGGAAUCAAUGCAUAUCAAGGACAGAUGAAGUAUGAACCUAAGAACAAAGUUCAGGUAGUGAAGAAUGGAGAACAGUGGUUUUUUCUUCCCAAUAUCAUGAAAACGGGAUUCAUGGAUUAUUGACCCAUUUUCAGCUCUGGUGAAGCCAAUGGAGUUCUUGCCACAGACUUCAAGGGACUUUAGAUCAGGCUUGGAAAAAAUGGCGGAUUCCAUUUUUAAUGUAUUACGAUGGUUGGGGUUUGUGGCAAUUUAGAAAUCAUCAUCUAAAUGACUCGUCUUUCAUGCACCAGUUGCGGCAGCAUGUCCAAGCAGAUAAGUAUUUGAGCUCAGUGAAAGCCUAGCCCUUUGACCAGUGAUGUGCUUCAGUCCAAGAUUUAUCCCUUGUCUUUCCCUGCCAGUUGUUAACAGUGAGCUCCCCUCCAAGGCAACAAUUAACGGCACAAUGGCACGGUCAGCUGGAAUAUCCCUGUUUUGGGCCACAGUACCACUCGCCAACAUGAACUGCUUUACCUGCGUGAGUAUUACUGGACUCACAGCGUAUAAAGAGACGAGGAUGCCAAACGUCUGUGCGGGGAACUGAGCUCCCUUCACUGUACGCACAUGACCCUUCAGUUUAGCUACAUGGAAAGGGCACAAUUUUUAAAUCCUCAUGCUGAAACCUGUUCAUGAUCUUCAUGUCAAGAAGCCCUUUCCCAGCAUUGUGGCCAGCAGAACUCACCUGCAUGUCACAGGCACAGCAAAUUCAAUGGGCUUACUGUCUUCUACAUGUCCUUUGUAAAAGAAUGAAACAUUUCUACCUGAACCAUGUUUGUUUGUUUGUUUUAAGCAUUCCCACUGUUUAAAUUCUUGUUAAUCAAUAUGCUUCUGGUGAGAUGUCACAGUAAUACAAGCAAAGCAACUUUAAGAGGAAAAAGACUCCAUGGAAGACCCCAGUGGUAUCUUCACCCUGUGGCUGGAUUUUGGAGAUACUUUUUUCAUCAUGAGCUUCAAAUACUUUAUUUUUUUUUCUCAUGGACAGAUGUCAGUAAUUCAGAAACAUUACAUUUCUCUUUCACUCAUUUUUAGAAAGACUUGGAAGAAAACUCAUGGUGGUUUGGUACGCAAAUCUCAUUGAUUUUUUUUUAUCACAGGUGGCAGCUUGGGAUCAAAGAAAGUGGUAAAAAAAAUCAAGUAUCUUCUAGCCUGUGUUGUUCUCAAAGUUUCCUUUUGCUGUCCAAGUUAAAUUUCCGAUUUUCCCCUGAAUAUUCUGCCUCUGAUAGCACAUAUGAAACAUCGUGGCUCAUUGUGGACAGAUUUAGUGUCUUCAUCAUGGAACAAGCUGCAAUCCCGAUUUAAUUUUCUUGCCGACAGCAAGCAGUAACUGUGUACCACUGAUGUCCAUUUUUCAGAGCGUGAGUAGAGCAGCGAGUGGACCUCUCCAGCUGUAGGAUGAGGGAUAGUUUGUGCCAUCACACUUCUUUUCCAGAGGAACUUUUUCUAGAGUCCUUUAGGCAACUGACUGUUGUGUUAGAUCUCUGUCUCAGUUUCUCCACAAUUCUGCUGCUCUUUCAAAUGCCUUCAGAAUAAAGAGAUACCAACAGAUGAUGCUGAGGGAAGAAUUAAUUCCCACUGCCAAUGUUGAAGACUGUUUGUGUUCCUGCUAGAUACUUUCUGGGUUUAUUUUGUUUAAAAGAACAACAAAGGAAAACAUUUAGCAACAUGUCAAGGCUUCAAACUCUUGGACUGUAUUUGCCACCACUGCAAAGUCUCCGAAGCACUCCCUGAGUGUGUGUUAUAUUUUUUACCAAAGCCAAAUCUCUUGAGCACUUUUUUUCUCCCAUGACCAGAUUUUCUUCCUAUUUUUCUUUGACUACAUGAUUGAUUAUGAUAAUAUUUUUUUUCUGUGAUGGUGGGGAGUCUCACUCAAUCAUUCUUUGACAUUUUAUUUAUUUAAUUUUUCAGUAUGAUAUGAAUCAAAAUAAAUUUUUUACUGUA